AUGAGUCUGAAAAAAACCCGUUUCGGUUCGGAAAUCAAAAGACUUGCGUCGGAACGUAAGAGACGGAGGGAAUUAAGAUGUUUUGGAAUGAAUGAGAUAGAUGAUGAAAGAAGACAAUAUUACAUGAAAUGGAAGGAAAGACGUGCUAGGAAACUAGUCGCGGAAGAAGAACGCAACAGGUUGGAACAAAAACGCAAGAGGUUGGAGGAAAAAAAAACUUUUUGGGAAAAGCAGUACCGUCGUAUCGAUGAAAUUAAGGAUAAACUUUUAUCUGAAAAAAAUUAUGAAAUUUUAUGUCGCAGGGUGGAAAUGGAAAAGAAGGGUUUUGAAUUCAGGCUGGAUCUGGAAAACGAUGAGAGGGAUAACACGCGAGCCUUGCGAAAAGUUCUCGGUCCCGACCGUUAUCUGGAAGAUGGUGGUUACGAUGAGAUUGAAAUACUUAUCUGUCCUAAUGAGGUUGAUAAUACGGAAGAGGAAGUGGAAAAUUAUAUAGACUAUGGAAUUUUGGUGUAUGGUUAG